AUGGACGUCUUUUUAAUAGUUCUCACUAUCAUCAUCGCAAUCAUCCUUUUAGCUUGCAAUUUCUACUUUAUGAUCUACUAUCUAGACCCAUCAGAAAAAGGGUUUGCUGAUUCCAUGAUCUCUAAGCUUAUUUUAUUAUCAGGCUUAAUGCUAGCAUGAGCCCAAGUUUUGGCAUUACCACUAGACGUCUCAAAUAGCUCAGGAGAUGGCGGAGACUUACGUAUUGACAUUAUGUGGGAAAUAAUCUAUAUGGCAAUCUUUGCAUUCCUAUUAGCAAUUCUUCCUUUUGCAAUGUUCUUUUCUGAGACAGAUGAUGAAAAACAAAUGUGUGAAAGAAUUUGUGACACAUUAAAAACUGUAGUUUUCCUAUGAAUAAUUGAACUUCUUGUGCUGCUACUCAUGUAUUUUUAUCUUUCUUAUACAGAAAUACCAGUUGUAACUUAUACUUGUCUAUGAACAGAAGCAGAUAAUAUUAAUCAAAAAUGUGAUCAAGGGAAUACCAAUUUGGAAUUUAACGUGUCGUUUCCUAUAUAUGUAAUGGCGUUUAUGUCUUGGUUUGGCUGGUGGUUUUUAGUACUGUUCGGAGGUAUUGGGCUAGCUGCGAUCCCUCUUGACUUUAUAAAUAAAUUUAGAUUCAGACCUCAAAGACUGUCUCCUACUGAACUUAUUGCAAAAGAAAGGUCCUUAAGGGCAAGAACCAAAAAUCUAUUAGAAAUGGGUGGACAAGUAAAAAUUGCGAAAUCCCAGGUUUCAGCUGAAACCUCAUGGCUUGCAAGAAGAAAAUUGAAAGAAAUAGUAAGAAGAGACACAAAUCAGCUGCAAAAAGAAACGCUGCUGCUAGAACAAGACUAUGAGAUUUAUUUAGUAGAAAAAGGAAUCGCCAAGCAAAGUCCUUUAUGAUACCCAUUUUUCUUAUGUAUGGGCGUUCUCUCACUAUUUGUCUCAAUUUUGUGGAUUUUACAGAUCAUAAUUUAUAUUUUAGCAAAAAAUAAUGGUGCAGCAUCUACACCUUUUUUGAAUGAGGUCCUUAUAAAACUAAGCUCCCCUGGGGUAUCAUUUUUAGGAACUACAAUUUACUGCUUAUUCUCAAUGUAUUUACUUUUGGCUUGCAUAAAAGGAAAUGUGAAGUUUGGAUUACGAAUUCCAUACUUUUUCAGAGCAUACCCAAUUAAAAAAGACAAAACCCCAAUGAAUGCAAUGUUCUUCAAUGUGUCCCUGGUACUAAUUUGUUCAGUAGCAGUAACCCUAUUUGCCACAAACGCAUUUUCUAUGUACACAAGACUCACUGAUAUAGGCAAUAUGUUUGGAAUUGGAAAGACAUUAAGAAACCUAUGGGAAUUUAUUGUAAUUAUAAUUUUUCAAACAAAAGUUUUUCCCAUGAAAAGCAACCCCGUUGCCAAUUCAUGGUCAAAUGGCGCUAUUCAUGGGAAAAAUUUAUAUAAAAAUGCCAAAGAUAUUAUAAAUUUAUAGGAAAACAUCACUAUAAUUUGCCAAAUAUUUAACAUAGCUUAAAAAUAAAGAAUCCGAGGAAAAAUUUGCUGUAAUUACCAUAUAGAAGUUUUUAUGUUUAGCCUUUGGAAUCCAGGUAAGGUACCUUGAAUUUUUCAAAUAUUUUUAUGACAAUAACGUUUUUGAGUAUAUGCUCGUUAUAUGGACUGGCCUAGCUGCUAUCUAUUUUGCGUUCAAAAAUCAAGAUAAGCCAAAAACUUACGACAAGUUCGAUAUGGAUUUCGAAAAGGAAAAACUAAGAAGUAUAGAAAAAUCCAGGGAUAAGUAA